UCUUGUGAGGAAAGGAAAGAAUCCUAUAAUUUCAACAAAAAGAAAGAAAAAAUCUGAAAAAUCAAGAGGCUGAGGCUGUGUGUGUGUUUUCGUGUCUAAGGAGGUGCUAUGGCGGCUUCAACUUCAGCCUCUAUCUCCGUCGUUGGAACUGGCCUCGCCCUCACUCCUCCUCCUCACCAUCACCGCCACCGCCACCGUCACCCUCCGUCAACUAUCUCCACUCGAUUCCGCGCCAAUCGUUCCUUCUUAUCUUCUUCUUCUUCACUCGCCUUCUCUCCCCGACGUGAAAGAAGACCGCUGCUUAAAGCUCUUCAUCACGGUGGAUUGGGGUGGCAGAGGAACAAGCCUGAUGCCUGGAACCACCACACCUUCCUCCUCGGCGAACGAACUUGCACCUCUUGCUGCCUUGCUUCCGCCAGGAAACGCCGUGCAAAUCUUGCUCCGGGAGCUUUCCUUGAUAAAUCCUCUUUCCCCUUACACAGCAAUAGGCUCAGGGGGGUUCAACCUCCUCGAGCAACUGUUGGUCCGGAUGAGCCACACGCAGCAAGUACAACCUGGCCGGAGGGUAUUGCUGAGAAGCAAGAGUUAGGCCUCUUUGAUUCUGAACUUGUAGAACGUGUAGAAGAGUUUCUAGGUGCUGAACUUCCAUCUCACCCUAAGUUGCAUCGAGGUCAACUAAAGAACGGGCUGCGUUAUCUCAUUCUGCCAAAUAAAGUUCCACCGAAUCGGUUUGAAGCACAUUUGGAAGUACAUGCAGGAGCAAUAGAUGAAGAGGAUGAUGAGCAAGGAAUUGCGCAUAUGAUUGAACAUGUUGCUUUCCUGGGAAGUAAAAAACGCGAGAAGCUUCUUGGAACAGGAGCCCGUUCAAAUGCUUACACUGAUUUCCACCAUACAGUAUUUCACAUCCAUGCUCCUACCAGUACCAAGGAUGAUGAUGAUCUACUUCCAUGUGUUUUGGAUGCCUUGAAUGAGAUAGCUUUCCACCCGAAGUUUCUUUCGUCUAGAAUUGAAAAAGAACGGCGUGCCAUACUCUCAGAACUUCAAAUGAUGAAUACAAUAGAGUAUCGGGUUGAUUGCCAGUUGUUACAGCACCUGCAUUCUGAAAACAAGCUAAGCAAAAGAUUUCCAAUUGGAUUAGAAGAACAGAUAAAGAAGUGGGAUGCAGAUAAAAUCAGAAAAUUCCAUGAGUGUUGGUAUUUCCCUGCAAAUGCUACCUUGUACAUUGUGGGGGAUGUUGAUAACAUCUCAAAGACUGUUUACCAGAUCGAAGCUGUUUUUGGACAAACUGGUUUAGAUAAUGAGAAAGGUUCUGUAGCUACCCCAAGUGCAUUUGGUGCGAUGGCUAGUUUUCUUGUUCCUAAGCUCUCUGUUGGUCUGGGUGGAAAUUCUAUUGAAAGAUCAGCCAAUACAAUGGAUCAAUCAAAAAUAUCUAAGAAGGAAAGACAUGCUGUUCGUCCUCCUGUUAAACAUAAUUGGUAUCUUCCUGGAAGCAGUACCAAUUUGAAGCCACCACAAAUAUUCCAACACGAGUUGCUUCAAAAUUUUUCAAUUAAUAUGUUCUGCAAGAUUCCAGUGAAUAAGGUUCGAACAUACAGAGAUUUGCGAAAUGUCUUGAUGAAAAGAAUAUUUUUGUCAGCUCUUCAUUUUCGUAUUAAUACAAGAUAUAAGAGUUCAAAUCCACCAUUCACUUCAGUUGAAUUGGAUCAUAGUGAUUCUGGAAGGGAAGGAUGUACUGUGACCACUCUUACCAUAACUGCAGAACCGAAGAAUUGGCAAAAUGCAAUUAGAGUUGCCGUUCAUGAGGUUCGGAGACUCAAAGAAUUUGGUGUUACCCAGGGUGAAUUAACUCGAUAUUUAGAUGCUCUUCUGAAGGAUAGUGAACACCUAGCAGCCAUGAUUGAUAAUGUGUCUUCUGUUGAUAACUUGGAUUUUAUCAUGGAAAGUGAUGCUCUGGGCCAUAAAGUCAUGGACCAGAGACAAGGGCAUGAAAGUUUACUUUCUCUUGCUGGGACAGUUACCCUGGAUGAGGUUAAUUCUGUUGGUGCCAAGGUGUUAGAAUUUAUAGCUGAUUUCGGAAAGCCCACUGCACCCGUUCCUGCAGCAAUUGUUGCUUGUGUUCCCAAAAAAUUUCAUAUUGAGGGAGCUGGUGAAACAGAAUUCAAGAUAUCAUCGACUGAAAUUACAGAUGCUAUCAAAGCUGGAUUGGAUUAUCCUAUUCAGCCAGAACCGGAGCUUGAGGUGCCAAAAGAACUGAUACCAUCAUCAAAGCUAGAAGAGUUGAAAGAGCAGCGCAAUCCAACUUUUAUUCCUGUAAGUCCUGAAACAAAUGCUACGAAGCUUCAUGACAAGGAAACUGGGAUCACCCGGCGCCGUCUUGCAAAUGGAAUUCCUGUUAACUACAAGAUAUCAAAAUCUGAAACACAAAGUGGGGUGAUGCGGCUGAUUGUUGGUGGUGGACGAGCAGCUGAGACCCCUGAGUCAAGAGGAUCUGUGAUUGUAGGUGUUAGGACACUAAGUGAGGGAGGUCGUGUUGGAAACUUCUCAAGGGAGCAGGUUGAACUUUUCUGUGUAAAUCACCUGAUAAAUUGCUCGUUGGAAUCUACGGAGGAAUUCAUAUCUAUGGAGUUCCGUUUUACUUUAAGAGACAAUGGGAUGCGUGCCGCCUUUCAGUUGCUUCACAUGGUGCUUGAGAAUAGUGUCUGGCUAGAUGACGCUUUCGACAGAGCAAGACAGUUGUACUUGUCAUAUUAUCGAUCCAUCCCCAAGAGCUUGGAACGCUCUACUGCUCACAAACUCAUGGUGGCAAUGUUGGAUGGAGACGAGCGGUUUAUUGAGCCUACUCCAAAAUCACUAGAAAAUUUAACCCUGCAAACUGUUAAGGAUGCAGUUAUGAAUCAAUUUGUUGGCGAUAACAUGGAGGUAUCCAUUGUAGGUGACUUCACAGAGGAGGAAAUUGAAUCUUGUAUUCUUGAUUACCUUGGCACAGCUCAAGCUACAAGGAAUUUUAAAAGAGAGCAAGAAUUCUACCCACCCUCAUUUCGAUCAUCUCCAUCUGAUUUACUGUCUCAAGAAGUUUUUCUAAAGGACACCGAUGAGAGGGCGUGUGCCUAUAUUGCAGGGCCAGCACCAAACCGUUGGGGUUUUACUGUUGAUGGAAAAGACCUGUUAGAGUCAAUUAAUAAUGCAGCAACAAUCAAUGAUGAUGGGGCAAAAUCUGAUGCUCCACAGGCAGGUGGUCUGCAACGUAGCCUUCGUGGUCAUCCUCUUUUCUUUGGUAUAACAAUGGGACUGCUUUCUGAGAUUAUAAAUUCUAGGCUCUUCACAAAUGUCAGAGAUUCACUGGGGUUGACCUAUGACGUGUCAUUUGAACUAAACUUGUUUGAUAGGCUUAAACUAGGGUGGUAUGUGAUCUCAGUGACAUCAACUCCAAGCAAGGUAUGGGCUCCAUUCUUAGAGCAUUCACUUUUCCUAUUUUUGCUGUCAAAUUCCUUCUGUUCCGAAGUUUCAAGUCAUAUUGAUUUGCAGGUGCACAAAGCUGUUGAUGCUUGCAAGAAUGUUCUGAGAGGUCUGCAUAGCAACAAAAUUACUGACAGGGAAUUGGAUAGGGCUAAACGGACCCUUCUUAUGAGACAUGAAGCUGAAAUUAAGUCAAAUGCAUAUUGGCUGGGAUUGUUAGCUCAUUUGCAAGCUUCUUCUGUUCCCAGGAAGGACAUAUCAUGUAUCAAGGACCUAACGUUUCUGUAUGAUGCUGCUACUAUUGAGGAUAUAUACCGUGCAUAUGAGCAGUUGAAGGUGGAUGAGAAUUCUCUAUAUUCGUGCAUUGGGAUUGCUGGUGCUGAGGCUGUGCAAGACAUAGCAGCUCCAUUAGUAGAGGAAGAACCUAUUGAUACAUAUCCAGGUGUUAUCCCUGUCGGACGAGGUUUAUCUACAAUGACACGGCCUACUACCUGAAGUUUUUGGAUGACUUUGUGUUGGCCUGUUUGGUUUAAGAUCUGGGGAGUCGUGUGUGGAAGUUAAAUUAUGUUGUGGUUCAAAGAAUAAUCAGCAUGUCUGCUAAGAAGCUGCUGCAUUCAUUUAACAUUCAAACAAGUUGACAAGCAGUUCGACAAACCUGAGCAGAAGUGGAUCCUGAUUUGCCUGUGAUUGAUUUCUUAAUAAUCCUUUUAUCUUCAGUUGAUCCACUAAUAUAAUGUUGUUGCUGCCUAUACCUUUGUAAGAUUAGAAUAAAGAAAAUAUAGAAUCUGCUAAAGAUGUAUAGGUGCCAUUUUUAUAUUGGCCAUUUUUUUGGGAUAGGAAAUUAGGCAGUCGCAUAAAUUGUAAAUCAUUGUUUUUCCGCACAUGCAAAAUUAGACUUUUCAAAACUUCACCUUUCUUCCCAUGAAAACAGGGAACUUCAGUGGUCA